AUGCCGCCAUCACUGUUCACUGGAUCUGGCCUUAACAAGCUGCAGCGUGUCUGUAUACUGCUUCUGCUGGGCGGAACGAUUCUGUACUUCUCGGGGACAUGGCGGCGAGGCUACGAACAAACCCCUUCGCGGGACGCGAUGAGUGAAGCAUCGAGAUCGAUGUGCGAGCUGUACCCCGAUACUGGGGAUAUCGCGGUCAUCAUUAAGACUGGUGCCCAAGAAGGUCUCCAGAAUCUGCCUACAACGCUCCGGACUUCGCUGAGCUGCGUGCAAAAUUUCUCGGUCCUCUCGGAUCUCAACCAGACCCUGGGCGACAUUCAAAUCCACGAUGUGUUGUCCAGGUUCUCGCGACCAGCCAUGAAAGGCAACAAAGAAUUCGAUAUAUACUGGAAGCAGCAACGGUUGCAGGCAGAUGGCAAGGAGAGCGAGAUCCCAUCUCUUUCGAGCAUCCCGGCCAUAGAGCGUGACUGGAGAACCAAAGGACGCACGGCCGGCUGGGCUCUUGACAAGUACAAGUGGCUUCACAUGCUGGACAUGGCUUGGGACCUCCAGCCGGAUCGGGACUGGUAUUUGUUUGUUGAGACCGAUACGUAUGUAUCGUGGCCGAACCUAAAACGAUGGCUGCAAACAUUGGAAUCCAAGCAGAAAUACUAUCUCGGUCUCGCAGUCAAGAAAAGCGACGACCGCGAGCCUCUGUACUUUGCGCAAGGUGGCAGUGGUAUCGUGCUGUCCGGCGCACUUCUGAGGGAGUUCGCCGUUGAGCGCCGAGGUAUCGCAAGCAAAUACGAGCGCCGGAUGAGAGAAUGGUGGGCGGGAGACUUCACACUUGCAGAUGUCCUCUACGAUGAGUUGGGUAUCCACGUCACUCAAAUCUUGCCGAUGGUCAACCAACACCCACCUCGCUCUAUCCCGCUAUCGCCAAUCGCGUGGUGCCAAGCGGCGCUCGCGAUGCACCAUAUGAAAGCGGACGAUUUCGACGAGAUGUUCAAGCGAGAGCAUGAGCUAGGGUUCUCACGCUUGCUGCUGCGCGACGUCUAUGAUAAGAUAUAUCCGGAUGGUCUGCCGUCCGAGAGUGUCGACUGGAACAACAUCGCCGAUGCUCACGAGUGGGCUGUACCCAUUGACCGAAACAAACUGCCGUUGUCCGUGGAUCCCAACAGCGAUUUCAACUCUUGCCGCAUCGCUUGCGAGGCUCACGAAGACUGCUUCUCCUUCACCUGGCGGAACACCACGAUCAACCUCGAUGGUCCGGAUUACAACUAUCUGCACUCUUGUGUCUUGAGCGGCGCUUUUAGACUUGGAGCACCGAAGCCUGAGCAGGCGUUUUGGUCGAACACGGAUGAGCGGGAUACUUACCGACGGUGGCACAGCGGAUGGAUGCGGUAUAGGAUAUCUGAAUGGGCGAAGGCGCAUUGGGAGUGCGACCCUUCUCAAGAGUGGGCGACUCAUGCUAUUGAAAGUUGA